AUGGCGAAACAACCUGCCCAGAUUGUUCUACAUCCACUUCGAAGCGACGGCUCGGCCACUUACACCUCACCCAACGGUCUUCACACCAUCACAGUCGGCGUCAAUUAUCCAGUCGAAGUGCCCUACCGCUCGGAUGAGUUGCCGGAUUCAACGCUGGUCGAAGUCAACUUGCGACCAGCCAAUGCCGUGAGCUUGGUCAAGGAACGGCACGUUGAGUCCCUAGUGAAACAGACACUUCAAUCGAUUAUUCGGCAAGAGGAAACACCUCGAAUGCUCUUGCAAGUCACACUUCAAAUCACUAGCGUCGAGGUCGAUGAAGACCUACCAGGUGGGAUCAAGGCAGGUGGUCAAGGCGAAACGUACCUUCCAGUCCUGGCAUCAGCCAUUAAUGCCGCAAUAGCUGGUUGCCUGGACGCUGGAGUACAAAUGAAGCAGAUUGCCGGAUCAGCACUCAUAGGGGUCGGUUACGACGGCACGUGCCUUCUGAGUCCCAGGGUCAAGGACAGAAGGCGAUGCCGAAGCAUGCAUGUGUUCGCGGUAGAUGGAACAGGAGGUGUCGUGCUUGCGGAAAGCGAGGGAGCAUUCAAGAUGGCGGAUUGGACUCGUGCCCUCGAGACCGCGAGACUAUUGGUCGAAGGCCAGGGGGAUGGUGUUACGGGAGUUCUAGAGGGGCUACGGCGGGAAAUAGGGGAGGGGAGGGAGGAAUAG